CGCGGUCUAGAGAGAGAGAGCUUAAAAAAAGGCCGCUUGAAGAGAGAGAAAGAACGCAAGCUCAGCUUCAAAAAAAAAUGGUGAGGAGAAACCCCGCCUCCCCUCCAAGAAGAAAGAAGCAAUACACUGACCAUGAGUUCGGGUUUUUCGAAGAUAGGGCGCUUUCUCUCUCUCUAAAAGAACCCACUUCCCCAAAGCCUUCAGCUUUCUCUCUCUUCGACCAUCCCUUCUCAACAACUGAAGGAGAAGAAGAGAGAGAAAGGGAAGAGAGCGAAGACAGGAACCCUAGGUCGUUCCCGUACCAUGUGAAGCAGAAGUGCUGGGAAAAGGCGGAGAAGAUCAAGGGCCGAGAUCCUGAUCGGUGGCGCCGCGAUGCCCUGGGUAACACUGUGUUCAGGAAGCUUGUGGGAUGCCCCGGUUGCCUGUGCCAUGACUAUGAUCACAUCCUUCCUUACUCCAAGGGUGGUAAGAGUGCUUUGGAGAAUUGUCAAGUGUUACAGGCAUCUGUGAAUCGAGCAAAGGGGAACCGCACUGAGAUAUCUCGAUCAGAUCUCAUUCAAAAGAGCGCUUAUUGUCGGGUUUCAGGGCGCGACAUGGAUGUUAUUGAACUGUCUUCUUAUGGGAAUGUCCGGCGUGGCCAAGACUCUGGAGGUUGUAAUAUCCAGUAAGUUUGAAAAAAAGGAGAGUCUGGUGCGGCCGGGACUCUGGAGGUUGUAAUAUCUGUAGGUUUGAAAAAAAUCCGGAGUAGCCUCAUUGAAUUUGGAAAGCUUGAUAUUUUUUGGUGACUAAUAUGAAAAUUUUGAAAUCACUCUGUGAUGCACAUUAGUAAAUUUUUUUUUUAAGAGAAGAUGCGCAUUAGUGAUAUUAUCCUUC